GAGAGUUCAACGCGAGCAACUCGACAGUUGUUUGCUGGGAGUGUUCAUAUUAUAAAGAUCGUGGGCUGGACCUAGAAAAAUGGACGGCCCUCCCCCCAAACUGCUCUCGGUUUGCCUAUAUCGUCCCCGAUGACCCAAUCCCUCUACCCGACCUGGGACUCCGUCGCCUAUAACCCCCCCUUGAGCGACUAUCUUCCCUACGACCACCACUAUCCCUCCGCCCCCGACCAUGCCGUCCUCGACUCUCGCCCAUCCUCCUCUUCCUCAGCACACUCCUUCGCAUCCCCGAGGCAGCCCCGCUUUGAGAACGCGUCCUGGGGCGCUGAUGAUGUCUAUCAGUUCCCUGUCAAUGCUGUCCUCGAUUCUCCGCUGACGUCUUCCGAAUCGGUCGUUGACCCCGACCCCGCCCCCGCAUCCGUCAAGCAGGAAGACGAACAAGACGACUUUGUGUUUGAGAUCCCCGCCGUCACCGAUGCCGCCAUGACCGCAUACCCCGCCCUCUCGAGCAUGACCGAAGUUCCGCUGCGCGCUACACAGGCUUCCAAGGAGAUGCGGCGUAUGAUGGGCGUCUUCCGACUCGACCCCUUCACAAUGCACAACGCCGUGCGCGAUCCCACUGCGAACGUCAACUGGAACGGCGAGCCCAUCGGCCCUCUCCGUGAGGUGCCCAGAAUACUCGAAUUCCAGCUCGAGAUCGGUUACGAUCGCGUCAAGUCGGAGCCGCCGGGUGCUCUCUACCUCGCCGCGGACGGAUCCGAGCGGUCGGCGCGCAAGCGGCGCAGGGUGACACCCAUGCCAACGUACGUGCCUGACCCUUCACCCACACCUGAGUUCGACUAUACCCUCGCCGACUCUCCUUCGUCGUCCCCCAUCGACGACCAUGGCCAUGCCUGGUCCAACUCUUCGGCUGACUCGCACUCGCUGAGCUACUCGCCCGACCUCACGAGGCAUCAGUCCGCAUUCGACACCGUCCUUACCCCGGCACAGGGUCUGGAUGCCACAAUAGGAUUAGACUACGGCUCCAGGUAUUCGUCGAUAUCGUCGGCCUCUCCGUCGUCUUCCCCGCGACAGACUCUCGCGUACACCACCACGACGCCAGUCCGCCUACCACCCCCGGCGUCAUCGCGCUACGUCAUGCCCGCUCAUGAUCUCGGGGUGCUCGGCCACGACGUGGACCCUGUCAACGGCUCUGAUGAGGGUUCUAACAAUAUGUGGGCUAGGAAAGCUGUCUCGCUUGGGAUGUACUAUGGAAGCGACAAGGAUGGCGCAGGGCCCCAGUCGCAUUCAACGCAUGCUGGGCAGGGCCUGCUAUUGGCUCAGCCACACAGCGUUAGCACCCUCGCCUCGCGGAGGCUGGCAUCUGCGAGUGCGGGCGUUGGUGCAUAUGGCGGCAUCAUGAGAUCUGGGCGCGUAGCAUGGACAUGAGAUGCUGUACUUGUCCGACCAAGUAGGCCAGACACGUCACAAACCUGACACAAGCCCCAUAUUAUAGCGGCCGCUUUGUGCGCAUCACGAAAGCGGCUGCUUUAGAAUGGGUGUCACAGGUGACAGGGUCCCCUGGCCUACUUGGCCGGACAAGUAUAGUGUAAUCCCUUGCAUCGGAGCCCUCGCCUGUGGUUCGAGCGUCGACCACUUUGCCCCGCAGCCCUGUCGUUGAAGUAUACCAUCAUUAUCGUUUCUUGCUUGACAUUUAGCUUUCGAGACGCCAUCCUUUUUACUGUCGUUGCUAUUCUCUCUCAGCGCUCGAUUCUUCCUUCGUUUAUCUCGUGCUCACCAUCAUUGUUGGGUUUAAACAUUGCAUACGGUUCCUUUCUUGUGCAUAUAAGUCGACUCGUUACGGACAAAAUUGCUCUCACGAUGUAUUUAUUACAUUAUACCACUGGCU